AUGGGUGUAUUCUUCCAGGUCACUCCUUCUUACACUCUAGAUAUUUGUGAUUAUUAUGCUAUGACCGGUCAGUUAGACAGCCAUCCGGAAUGCCGUCGAGGUAUACCGGAGCCGGAGACGACACCUAAGCCAGCUCCACGGAUAGGAUUUUGUUCGAGGCAAGUUUCAUGCUUCAAAUCUCCUUCGGCAGCGUUAAUCCAAUGUACCUCCGAUGCAGUAACAUGCCCACUAUCCGGUCAAGUAUGUAUUCAAUCGGACGGAAAUAAAUGCUGCCAAAUCGAGACUGCAGGUAUCCCAGCCUCAGAAAUCAAUGCGAAGUCGGGUUCCUGCCCACGACCGCUAGGAAUCUCGGUGUUCCAAGACGCCGCCAUUGGUUGCUGGAUGGACAGCAAUUGCCCGGGAAUUCAGAAAUGUUGUGUGGAACCGAACCCUGUAACGAACUCAGCUACUCGAAUCUGUCGUGAUCCAGUUGGAAUUCGAAGCACAUCCCUUUGUUCAUUGCCAUUGAUGGUCGGCUCAUGUACGGCACCGGCUAUUCGAUUCUACUAUGAUGCUUCAUCCGGUUCAUGUAAACGAUUCACCUAUUCGGGUUGUGGAGGAAAUGCGAACAAUUUCCAGUCGUUGGCAAGUUGCCAAGCAACUUGUGGUGCAUCGGGCGUCACCGGUACUCCACAGUGCCCAGCUGAUGCCAAUGCUGGACUGAACUGCCUGUUUGCCCAUGCCGACGCCUGUAAUUCCGAUAGCGAUUGUCUGGGACGCGAGAAUACGGUCCAACCGUCAUGCUGUAUGACGACAUGCGGUUACAAGAUCUGUUAUCAAUACUGA